CACAGAGCGCGGCCGCCGCCUGAGGUCACAGCGCAGACCAGCUCCCGGCACCACCGAGCCAAACUGGAUUUCAAUCGGUGACCUGUAAGCUCUUUCGGACCCGACCAGUGGUUUCUCCCAUCUUGGAGGAGCAGCGAGUCCCACGCGGGCACGUGCCCCUUGGCCAGCAUGACGAGCGAGGUGGUGGAGAACGAGUUUGAGUUUUACUCCAAGGCGGAGAAGUACUGGAAGGACGUGCCUGCCACGGUGGACGGCAUGCUGGGGGGCUAUGGCCACAUCUCCAGCAUUGACAUCAACAGCUCCAGGAAAUUCCUGCAGCGGUUUCUGCGGGAUGGCCCCAACCGGACGGGGACAACCCGCGCUCUGGACUGUGGGGCAGGCAUUGGCCGGAUCACCAAGCGGCUGCUGCUGCCCCUCUUCAAGACAGUGGACAUGGUGGACGUGACAGAGGACUUCCUCACCAAGGCCAAGAGCUACCUGGGAGAGGAGGGCAGGCGGGUGCGCAACUACUUCUGCUGUGGCCUCCAGGACUUCAGCCCCGAGCCAAACUCCUAUGAUGUCAUCUGGAUCCAGUGGGUCAUCGGACACCUCACCGACAACCACCUCUCAGACUUCCUGAAGCGGUGCCGUGCUGGUCUGCGGCCCAAUGGCAUCGUGGUCAUCAAGGACAACAUGGCUCAGGAGGGUGUGAUCAUGGACGAUGUGGACAGCAGCGUCUGCCGGGACCUGGACGUGGUCCGUAAGAUCAUCCGCCGAGCUGGGCUGCACCUCCUGGCUGAGGAGCGCCAGGAGAACUUCCCCGAUGAGAUCUACCACGUCUACACCUUUGCCAUGAGAUGAGAGCGGCCAGCAGCGGGAGAAGGUCUCUCCAGGGCCAGCUCAGACCACGGGCCAGCACAGUGGUUCCUGCCAGGGCCGGGAGGGGUGAGGACCAUGCCUUCACUGUGGGGUGGCGGAUGGUGGCGAGGGUGUCGUGACUCCCUCUCUCCAGGGCUGGCGAUGAGGAUGGGGCUUUGUCUUCCACAUUGCUGCUGUUUGUGAAAAGAGGUGUUUGCCAAAUACAUUUUCCUGCUGUUGCA